AGAGACUCUAUUCAAGCCACAGAAGCUGCAGAGUGCUUACUCUGUCCUGUCUUUGAAUUUGCAACUCACUGACCGUGCAGGUCCCUUCCUAACCCCAAAUACCUUAAAGCAUCAGCUCUUUUCACCUUUAUCAGCUCAUCACACUUUCCAUGUGACUGCCGGAGCUGCCCUUGGUGCUGAAAAAUUUGGCAGUACCUUGACCUGUUGUGCUGCUGAAUUCUCCAAACUUCCUUGGAUGUUGGCGGAGGUUAUGGGAUGUGAUAUGAUGGCAUGCAGAUGUUCUUGCUGCUGCAGGGUCCGGCAUGUGGAAUUGUGCUGAUGGUGCAGAGGAGAUGUAAAGAGGGCUUUGGAGUACACAUGAAUGUCGCCUUCAUCUACCCAGGGCUGAGGAGGAAGACAAGGGAUGCUGUUGAUCCCCUCCAAAAAGAGUUUUUGGCACCAGGAGAUGUUUCUGAUCGGUCUUUUGAUUGCUUUACGGGAAUCCAUGGCAGCCCCAACCCCUACAGCUGAGGAUAUAAAUCGGGGAGUUGAUUGGUUGACUAAAUUUGGAUAUCUGCCCCCGCCCAAUCCUGUUACAGGGCAACUGCAGACACAGGAAGAACUGUCUAAAGCCAUCAAGGCAAUGCAAGAGUUUGGUGGCCUGAAAGCUACUGGGAUUUUAGAUGAGCCAACUUUGAUGCUGAUGAAAACCCCUCGUUGUUCCCUGCCUGACCUGUCCCACUCACAGGCUUUAAGAAGGAGACGAAGUGCCCAGCCCCUGACAAAGUGGAAUAAAAGGAAUUUGUCCUGGCGGGUUCGAAAUUUCCCUAAAGAGUCUUCACUUGGACAUGACACUGUGCGGGCACUGAUGUAUUAUGCCCUUAAAGUAUGGAGUGAUAUUACCCCACUGAAUUUUCAUGAGGUGGCAGGGAAUAAUGCAGAUAUUCAAAUAGAUUUUUCAAGGGCUGAUCACAAUGAUGGAUACCCAUUUGAUGGCCCUGGUGGGACAGUAGCUCAUGCCUUCUUCCCAGGAGAACAUCAUACAUCUGGAGAUACUCACUUUGAUGAUGAAGAAUCUUGGACCUUCCGGUCAUCAGAUAUUCACGGCAUGGAUCUGUUUGCUGUGGCAGUGCAUGAAUUUGGCCAUGCCAUUGGACUGACUCACAUUUCAGACAUGGAGUCCAUUAUGAGACCUUAUUAUCAAGGACCCGUGGGUGACCCCUUAAAGUAUGAUCUGCCAUAUGACGACAAAGUCAGAAUCUGGCAGCUAUAUGUGUCCUACAUGGCUUCUAAUGCUUCACCCUCUCUCACCCCAGGAGUCCGAGAGUCUGUGUCCCCCACAGCAAAACCGGAUAUUUCAAAAACAGAAGAUCAUCCUUUUCUGCCUGAUCUGCCAGAAAACCGCUCUACCACUCAGCCAAGGAAGGACGAGCCUGACCGAUGUAGCACACAUUUCGAUGCAGUUGCUCAGAUCAGAGGAGAAGCAUUCUUCUUUAAGGGCAAGUACUUCUGGAGGCUCACAAGAACAAAGCAUUUGGUAUCCCUUCAGCCGGCUCAGAUCCAUCGUUUCUGGAGAGGCCUCCCACUCAACCUGGAUAGUGUGGAUGCCGUAUAUGAAAGAACUACUGAUCAUAAGAUUGUUUUCUUUAAAGGAGAUCGAUAUUGGGUUUUCAAAGAUAAUAAUGUUGAGGAGGGAUACCCAAGACCAAUCACAGACUUUGGACUGCCACUAGGAGGUGUUGAUGCUGCCUUCUCUUGGUCCCUUAAUGACAAGACAUACUUUUUUAAAGACAAUCUUUUCUGGUCGUAUGAUGACAAAGAGCAUAGGAUGGAUGAAGGAUAUCCUUUAGAGACCAUUCUGUGGAAGGGCAUUCCUGUUACUUUGGAUGAUGCCAUGGGAUGGUCUGAUGGAGCAACUUAUUUUUUCCGAGGUAAAGAAUACUGGAAGAUUGUGAACAGCAACAUGGAGGCAGAACAAGGCUAUCCACAGUCUACUGCAAAGGACUGGCUUGUUUGCAGUGACAUGCUUUCAGAUGGACCUGGUUCUGAAAGUACCCAGACUGGUGCUCAUUCCAGGCAAGGACAUCAGGAUGAAAGCAGGUCAGAAAAUGGUUAUGAGGUCUGUUCCUGUACAUCCUCAGCUGGGUCUCUUUUUGGGACUGCAUACAAUGACCUUUUGUGGUUCCUGUCUAUAAUCCACUUGUUCACAGCAGCCUUGAUCUCAGUCCUAUGAUGUCAUGACCUAAUGGACUCCAUCAUAAAAAAGACUGAAGGAUCAAGAAAUGGGAUCCCAACAGUGCCGCCCAAAUGUCGGCCAAACAUUCCGAGGAGCUUGGAAGUGAAAGAUAUCAAAUUCUCCAUGAGAAAUGACCUUUUAUUUUUAAGAUAAUAUUCUGUAAAACAGUGCUCAAAUUAUUGGAGAAUUGGAAAGGCAUUAGCCAAGGAAUAGAUGAGCAAAAUUCGAUGGUAGCCACAUGCCUCAAAACUGUCUUAAAUAGGUUUCUGUGAGAAGUGUUUACUAAUUGGGUUAAAGAUCUGAAACUUAUGAAAGAUCAGAAGCAUUCUCUCUUUGCCAAAGGUUUUGCUAAUUCAUUCCAAAGCGUUAAAGUUUAAGAAGUAGGGUGACAUAUAAUAGGCUCUUUAUUUUAGUCUUUAAUUAAGUAUAUUUUCAAUUCUCAAGUGGCUUAGCCUUCCCAGUGGUUACACAGGAGGAGAUAGUAGAGGAUGACCCAGUAAUCUGAGCACUGUUAAUUGGAUUCUGCUUCUUUGGAUAUUUGAAAACCGAUUGUACAAUAAAGAGGCACAUCUUGUUUACACCAACCGAUGUUUAAAGCAAUGGCUUUGUUAAAAAGCCUCAGAUCAUUGUUUAACAGCUCUAUAAUGCUUGUAAAUGGUUCUAGCCCUUUUCAUAACAAAGUAAAUUAUGUACCAGAACUUAACAGCGCCACAAUUACUAACAUCUGAAAAGUGAAAUGUGAAUGUUUUUGAAUUUGUUUACGAAUGUGCCCAUUUAAUACACCAAAUGCACCUGUUUUCGUCAUAGUAAAUAAUAUGCAGUAUAUAUA